AAUGUCAGAAUGGCUGAAGUAAAGACUGAACGGAAAUCGAAAGAAAUCUGUUUAAAAGAAGUUACCAAGAAAUGCCCGAAAAACAGACCCUUAACGGAUUCUAAACACAUAUUGAGAAAAAGGCUACCGGUCUGUCAGCCUAAACGGAAUAAGGAUAUUUACGUUACUAAUAAAACCAGCUUUAAGGCACAAUUGAAUAAAUGCGAGAAGCUGUUGGAUGCUGGGGAACCAGAGGUGAUAAUUCAUGGUCUAGGAGCAGCGAUAAAUAGAGCAUGUAACUUAGCUCUGCAGUUGAAGGAAAAUCAUCAUGGAACUGUAGACUUAGAUAUCAAUACUUCUACAGUAGAUAUCAUAGAUGACUUUGAGCCACUCACUGAUGAUGCAGAUUACGAAGUAAACAACAGGCAAAAUUCAGCUAUACAUAUUCGAGUGUUUAGAACAGCAUUAAUAGGGACACUAAAGUAUGCUACAUAAAACAUCAAAAAGACACAGUGUUCAUCAUUUUCAAUAACAUGAUUAUAUUCCAUAAUCACAUAUAAAAACACCAAACCAACAUACAUUUUUAAAAUGAUCUUUUCCUUAUAUGAGUUGGUACACUGGCUGGGUUUAACCAUCUUUGAAAUAUGGAUAAAUCUAGUCUCACUGACUAUCUUCACUGUUCUGCUUGCAUUGAAACUGGAUGACAAUUAUUUCUCUGGUUCGUCUGGAGUUUGGAUUGUGUUCUCUCCUCUCUUUGUGGCAGAUGGUUUAAAUACCUAUUUCUGUGCUAUAAUUUUUAUAAGGAUGCACAUGGAAGGUAUGAUGAAAGCGGCCAUACUGAGAGCAGUUUGGAGCUUGGUAUUUUUACUCUUAGUUUUUGUUUUCAAAUAUCUACUUUGCAAAAAACUGUCUGGCCAAAGCAGCCCCGAAUACUCUGAAGUUCUAAGUCCUGUUUUUAUCCUUCUGCAACUUAUAGCAGUCAGAGCCUGUCAGCUUCAUUGACCCGGAGAUGAAUUAGAGUUACAAGUCACAGGACGUGAAUAUACAGUUGUGCUUCCACCACAUCCACACUCUAUUUAUACAGAAACCGAAUUUACGUAUUACAUGCGUUGAACAAUUAUUGAUUUAAUUAAUUUCUAUAUAUUGGUAUUUAACAAAUAUUUCAUUUUGAUUUAUUAUCGUAUUUUAUCCAUCCUUUCAGAGAACCUUAAUGCACCUUAGUAAAACGGAAUCUAUACAGAAUAUAUAUAUAUAUAUAUGUAUAUACAUAUUAGUCAAAAAUAUUUUGCUAUGUAUUAACAUCAUUGAAUUCAAUCAGUUAUAAAUCAUUAAAAAUAUUAAUCCCAAGCACUUUAGGCGCCAGUCUGUAAUUUUAAGACUUUUUAAACAUCUCAAAACGUAUAGUUUUUUUUCUUUUUCCUUCAACGAUAUUGUCCCUAAAUCUUUUUUCCUACAUAACAAAUUGUACAAACUUUGUUGAACUUAGAAAUAAAUUUGAAUGUAAAUAAAUGUUAAUGAUAUGCUGCUGAUACUUGUACUACGAAUCCAUUGUGAACUGUAUGUAAGAAAAAAGAAAUAAAUAUUCAUUUUCUUAUAUACAUCAUAAA